AUGAAGAUCCGUGAAGGAUGGUCCACGGCGGUAUGGUACGCCGUCUGCACUUUGCUCUGCGUCCAUGCGCGUCCGAUGAGAGACCGACCUGACAAGAUGUACAUUGAGGACUCCAGAUUGUUCAAGACAAAGUCAGCUAACGGUUACGGGUUCGAGAAGGAGGUAUCCGCGAGCAAAUUGUCCAAGAUUGGCGAGAGUCUAGAAGAGUUUGAUGAGAAGAGUCCAUCGACGAUGAGAGCCAUCAUCACGAGAGCGCGCACCCACCCGGUUCUGCUGCCCUUGAUCUUGGAACCUGAAGCAGAAAUGCUGCCGUUCGGUUACGAGGGCGUGAAGCCACCCGGUGUCAGUCAUAUGGAACUCACGUUGCAGAAAUCACAAGCUGAUUCACCGUCAAAUCGUUACGAAAGCACACGAGCCUCAACAAUGGACGACGAUGAAUCAGCAUCCGAUCAGGACGAUGAUCCGCGUUAUGCCGCGUCGAAGUAUGCGACACAGAACAAUGAUUGGGACAGCGUCGCCGUCUUCAAGGCGGGUUCGAGAAAGCAACGCAAGAAAACGGAAUACAGGGAAGCUUCCGGUGCGCGAAAGAGCCAUUCGAGGAAUGAGAAUCGCGCGAGGGACGAUAAAGAGAACAUCGCGAGGAAGAAAGGAACUACGUACGAGGCCAGAGAUGGUCGCAGGAAAGCCCAUAACGCUGCCGGAUAUCGCGGCGUUUAUCACGAGGACGAGAUCGAAAAGGACCUCCAUGAUAAGGAGUGGACACUUUGA